AUGACGUCGCAGCAUAAAAAAAACAGUCGGCCACAGCCGCCGCAGGGCCAGCACCCGCUCCCGCCAACACCACCACAGUUCGCGCGCCCGGCCCUGAACGGCAUCGCGGCCUCGGCGCCCGCGCUGCCGCUGUCGCUGUCGCAUUUCCCGCCGCCCUCGUCCCCGCCGCCUUGUUACGCUGAGGUCGCAGCUGCCGAGGACUGCGCGCCGCCGCCGCCGCCUUCUUCUCCGCCGGCUGCAGCAGCGUCGCCUGCGCUUUUGGGGCGGCGCCGCCAUCAGCACCAGCACCCCCAGCAACACCAACAGCAGCGCCAGUACCCGCGCCACCAGCAGCGCCAGCGCCAGCGCUCCCUCCCCUCCAACUCCCUCCCCCCAGACGGCGUCUUCGCGCUCUCGGCGACAGGGACGUCGCGCUCGCGCUCGACGUCCGUGUCCAUAGCGGCCGCGGCAGCAGCGACGGCCGAGCGCCGCGCAAACCACCCUAUGAUGCAGCAGAUGCAGGCGCAGACACAGUCGCAGUCGCAGUUGCAAGCGCAGCAGCAGCAAGAGAAGAAAGAGGCGGACGCAGAGCGCCCAGAGGCAAGAGGCGCGCUGCACCCGCAGGUCGCGGUCUUGUUGGGCGUCAAGGAAAGAUGGCAUGUCCCGCUGCUGCUGUGUCGGGCGCUGGCGACGGGGCCGCCGUGCACGGCGUCGGGCUACCUCUCCUUCUACUUUGCCGACUGCCUCAUGUCGCGCUGGCUCCUGAACUACACGCCCUCGGCGACGCUCGUGCGCCUCUUCACCCUCAGCAUCACAAACGUCUACACCACGUCCUGGUGGCUGCACCUCUCGGGCGCCACGCGCGACGCCCGCUUGUUGCUGCCGGCCUGGAUCUGCAUUGCCAGUACGCUAACGUUCCUCUACCACCUCGCCCACCGCCACGUCAACAUCCGCCGCGAGACGCGCGCCGCCGUGCGCGCCUUCUGGGUCUCGAGCACGGCGAGCCUGUUCGCGCUGCUGCUGCAGCUGCAUGUCGCGCGCGGGACGUGGCGCGGCGUGCCGCUUGUGGGGAUCUUGAGGGGCCUGUUUUGGAGGGGUUUGGUUUUGGGGGGGUGGGGUGGGGAUGGGGGUGGGGGUGGGGGAGAGGGGGGAGGGGAAGGAGGGGUCUAG